AUGCUGAGGGCAGGAAAGGCGGGCUGGUCCCUGGGGCUGCCGCGUGUCUUCUCCUUCUGCUUGUUCCUGCAUAGCUCCUCUGCCCAGAUUCGCUACAGCAUCCCGGAGGAGCUCACCCGGGGCGCCUUCGUGGGCAAUAUUGCGAAGGACCUGGGCACCGAUGUGGGGAAACUGGCGGCGGCCAAUCUGCAGGUACUGUCCGAUUCGGAUUCGCAGUACUUCUCCGUCAAUGUGAACACUGGGGUGAUAAUGGUGAGCGAGCGGAUAGACCGGGAGCAGCUCUGUGGGCAGAACCCCCGCUGCUUCCUCCACCUGAAACUUGCCAUCGAGAACCCGGUGGAGUUUUACCGCAUCGAGGUGGAGAUCCUGGAUAUCAAUGAUAACUCCCCGGAGUUCCCCAGUGACGAGGUGUCCUUGCGCAUCUACGAGCUGGCAUCCCUGGGUGCCCGCUUCCCCAUCCAGCCUGCCCAGGACCCUGAUGUGGGCACCAACACCCUGCAGACCUAUCACCUGAGUGCCAACGAGAACUUCAACCUCAACGUGAAGGCACGCACGGAUGGUGGGAAGUUCCCUGAGUUGGUGCUGGAGAGGGCCCUGGACCGAGAACACAGAGCCUUCCACCACCUCGUCCUGACUGCUGAGGAUGGGGGCUCGCCCCCCAAGUCCAGCAAGACGCACAUCACUAUUCAGGUUCUUGAUGCCAAUGACAACCACCCAGUCUUUGACAGACCGUCUUAUGGAGCUCGCUUGGUGGAGAACUCACCGCUUGGCACCCUUGUAGUGAAGCUAAAUGCCACCGAUGUGGAUGAAGGGCCCAACGGGGACAUCCGCUACUCCCUCAGCAGCCACAACUCGGAUGCCUUACGCCAGAUCUUUGCCAUUGAUGAGCAAACUGGAGAGAUCCGUGUGCGGGGCAACUUGGACUUUGAGGAGGCGACGGUGUAUGAGAUUGAAGUGGAGGCCAAGGACAUGGGAUCGCCCACGAUGGAGGAGCACUGCAGCGUGGUGGUGGAGGUCACUGAUGUGAAUGACAAUGCUCCUGAGGUCAUUCUGACCUCCUUCUCCAGUUCCCUGAGUGAGGAUGCGCUGCCGGGCACGGUGGUGGCCGUCAUACAUGUCAAGGACAAGGAUUCUGGGGACCAGGGCAAGGUCCAAUGUCAUGUGUCUCCAGACCUUCCCUUCCAGCUGCGCAAAGACUACGAGCACCAGUACUCGCUGCUCACGAGAACCCGCUUGGACCGGGAGCAUGUUGCCUACUACAAUGUCACCAUCUCGGCCUCAGAUCUGGGCAGCCCUCCACUCUCCCGCCACACCAUCCUGCCCAUCACCCUGGUGGAUGUCAAUGACAACGCGCCCCAUUUUGAGCAAGCGUCCUAUGAGGUGCUGGUGGCAGAAAACAACCCGGUGGGCAGCGUGCUGGUUACUGUCUCUGCGGUCGACCCAGACUCAGAGCAGAACUCCCGCCUCUCCUACUCCAUCCUGCAAGCUGGUGGGACAGAGCCAGGCCUGGAUCCGACUCGCUACCUCUCCAUACACCCUACAAGUGGCCAGAUCUCCGCCAAACUCCCCUUUGACUAUGAGCAAACCACCUAUCUCCAGUUCCAUGUAGAGGUCUCUGACGGUGGCUCCCCAGCCCUGAGGAACAGGACGCUGGUUCAUGUGUUCAUUGCAGACCAAAACGACAAUGCCCCGCGGGUGCAUUUUCCCAGGGCUGGGGAGGAUUCCGCCACCCAGUUACGCAUCUCCCCCUCCACCGCCCCUCUUGCUCUCAUCACCAAGGUGGUGGCCAUAGACGCGGACUCGGGGCGCAACGCCUGGCUCUCCUACCAUCUCAUGGAAGCCACCGAGCCGGGACUUUUCAGCGUGGCCCUACGCUCCGGGGAGAUCCGCACCACCCGGGCCCUGCAGGAGUCGGAUGCUUCUGCACAUGAACUGGUGGUGGUGGUGCGGGAUGCCGGGGAGCCACCGCUUUCCACAGCCGUCACGCUGGUCGUGUUGGUGGAGGAGAGGGGCCCCGAGGCCCUGUUAGGCUCCGAGGCUCAGGCUGCAGACGGUGGGGGCUUGCCCACCAUCACCAUUUAUCUGAUUGCUUCUCUGGUGCUCAUCUCCAGCGUCUCGCUGGUGGGACUGGCAGUGCUGGGUGUGCGGUGCAUACGGCGGGGCUCCGUGCCUGCUGUCCAGGGCUGCAGCGUGAAGAGCGUGGACACGCUUCAGCCCCCGCCCAGCCACAUCUUUGGGCACUUGCACUAUGAGCCCAAGCAAGGGGACACGGUGAUGGGCGUCCAGGUGACGGCCACGGCUCCCCCAGCCCCGCGCUACCGCUCCUGCUUUUCACCCGUCUCUGACAUCAGCGAAUUCAUGUUUGUGAAACCCUCCGUGGGCACAGCCGGUGUGAAACCGUCGGCGCCCAGCGAGGUGAGCUCGGGAGCGGGAGAUCCCGGUCCCCGGCCGCCUUAG